CAGCCACCUCACAUGCGGAGUAGCACACGACUGAUCUUCUUUCAUCCUGAAAACAUCAACACCAUACACAAUCACAUCCUCUUCUACUCCUCUUCAGUACACAGUACUUUUACACCACCUAUCAACUCUGCGUAUAUACUGAUCCUAUCAGCUACCCCUCUCUCUACCCAGAAUGUCGUACGCAUCAGUAGCAGCUUCAGGCCCUGCACAGUCACCCGAGGAGGUAUGUAGAAGUACCCUUUUCUUAGAUCUUGAACGCGGCUAUAUUUGACAGCUCUAGACCGUGGUCUUCAGCUUCAAAUAUCUCUCAUGAUACUCGCUUCCAGCUUCAGAGCACCCAGCGACCACCGUUGGACACAGCUAACAGCUCCAUAGAAACGGGCCCCACCACAACCAGAGAUUGAGAGCGUCGAAUCGAUCAGCACCUCAUCCCUCGUCGACGUCGACUCAGAAUCCGUACACACCGUCCCCUCUGGCUUCGAAUCCCAAACCAUCAAGACCGACACCCAAGCCGAUCGUCUCGAGCGCGAAGCCAUCGCUGCCGAGGCGCGUGCCAAGGCAGAAGUUCAGAAGGCCUCAAACGAAGCUAGUAAGAAGGCAAAGGAAGCUAAGGCCAAGGGAAAGAAGGCGGUAAACAAGUUCGAGGAGAACAGUGACAACCCCGUCUUCAUCGCCAAUGCUAUCGCUGUUGUGGGGUUGAGUGCUGGUUUGGGAUUCGGCGCGUAUAGAAAAUAUGCUGCUGGGGAGUUGACCUGGAAGGUUGUUGGUGCUUGGGCCGGUGUUGUGGGUCUGUUUGCCGCGGGAGAUUUUUACUUGAGCCAGUGAGUUUCUCCCUCCCAUAUCGCCAUAAAGGUGCUAAUUUAGUACUCAGAUACCUGUUCAAGAACAAGUAUCCAAAGAAAUAA